AUGAGUGAGAAAGAACAUGUAUUAAUUGCUAAAACACAUGAACAAUUUGGCACAUGUUUAACGGGUGAAAUAUUAAAAAAUGAUUUUCAAAAAUUAGGUAUUUCACCUGGAAUGACAUUAUUGGUUCAUUGUUCGUUAUCGAAAAUAGGUUGGAUAUGUGGUGGACCUGUUACUGUUAUACAAGUCUUAUUAGAUUUGUUAGGUCCAGAUGGUACACUUAUUAUGCCAUCUCAUACGAGUGAUAAUUCUGAUCCAAAAUAUUGGCAAAAUCCACCAGUACCAUCGGAAUGGUUUGAUAUUAUUCGUAAAUCGAUGCCAGGAUAUCAGUCUGAUAUAACACCAACACGUUAUAUGGGUUUAGUAGCUGAAACAUUUCGAAAAUGGCCAGGAGUUUUACGUAGUGAACAUCCUCAACAUUCAAUGAUUGCUUUUGGUAAAAAAGCUAAAUUAAUUAUUGAUAAACAUAAUGAUUCAUGUAGUGAACAAUCUCCAUUAGCUCGUCUAUAUGAUUGUCAGGAUAAUGGUUAUGUUUUAUUAUUAGGUGUUAAACAUGAAAAUAAUACAUCAUUACACUUAGCAGAAUAUCGUUUUCAAAUAAAUAAUAAUUUAGAAAAAAAUUUUAUAAAUGGUGCAUCAAUUCUAAAUCGUCAAACAAAUACACGUCAAUGGAUUGAAUGGAACGAUUAUGAUUAUACUGCAGAAGAUUUUAAUCAAAUUGGAUAUGCAUUUGAUUCAAUUGAAGGAAACACAAAUAUAGGAAAUGUUGGACUCGCUCAAUCGAGAUUAAUGAAACAAUAUCUAUUAGUUGACUUUGCUCUUCAAUGGAUGAAUAAAAAUAGAAUUAAGCAAUGA